CGCGGCGAUAAGUACAUCGCCAAGUUUCAGGGAGAAGACACGGUCAUGAUCGCGUCCAAGCCUUAUGCAUUUGACCGAGUGUUCCAGUCAAACACCUCUCAAGAGCAAGUAUAUAAUGAUUGUGCAAAGAAGAUUGUUAAAGAUUUGAUCAUUUUGACCACCAAAAGAGCAUUGUGAGAGGAAGGAUGAUGGGAGCUGGAGCUGAAAAAGCAAACAAGAGCCAGGUCAAAAAGAGCCUAAUUUUACCUGAUUACAAAUGUAUGCUCUCCAGGACUUUUAAACAGAUGAGUAUUAUUUUUUAUUUUUUUAAAGAUUCAUCCUCAGGAUGGGUACAUUUCAUUGUAUAUAAAUUUUUUACCUCAAGGAUGGAAACUGGAAAGUGAAUCCUAGUUAAUGAUAUAUGCAUAGUGAAGAAUUUUAGGUGAAAGUGUACUGAAGUCUGCAGGUUACAUUGAAAUGCAUUAAAAAAUGAGAUGGAUGGAUAGAUACAUGAUUAAACAGUAAAAUUAUAAAAUGUUACUGAUCAGAUUUUAGUGGUUAUAGGAGUGUUCCCUGUAAAAUGUAUUCACUUUUUCUGUAUGUUUAGAUUUGUUGGGGGUAAGUCACUAGAGAAAGCAAAGUCAGGGCUGGAUAUGAAGGUAGGCAAGAAUUAUUUUCCUACCUAUAAAGUAAGUUUAUAAACUUACUUUAAUUAUAAUGUGGUAUGUCUAGAAAUCACCUCUAAUCAGUCAUUGUUCUAUCCCUUGCGCCCAGAGCAGAGCUUAGAUCCUAGCAGGUGUCCAAUAAAUAUUUGAAUGUUGAAUAUUCCAUAAUCUCUGUAAUCAUACGAAAUUUUUUAAGUUAUGCUUGAAGUCCCAAAUACAAAUGUAUUGUAUACAUUUGUUAUCCUAGGUCCCUUCACAUAACAUAGUUUCACAUAACCACAAAUAAUACUGUAAUAUUCUGUAGACAUGCUAGUAAAUAUGAUCUUGAGAAAGUCACUUGUACACUUACCAGUAUUUAUUAAGUAUUUAUUUUGGUGGUUGCUAGGUAUUUGGAUCAUAUCAUGAAUAGAUAUAUCAAAAAUUUGGAUUUGAUUAAAAGAUAUUAAGCAGAGAGUGUGACAUAGACAUACUGAGAACAAUUAUGUGUAAAGGAAGUGAAUUGGAAAGGGUCUAGUACUUUUUUCUCUAGAUGAUUUCUUACUCAAAAUUAUACUGCAGUGCCAUCCAUUUUAAAUGGGAUAGAAGAUCUCUUAAAAUUUUCCCAGGGGAGUAAAUACCUUCUUUUGUUGUUGUUGUUGUUGUUGUUGUUGUUGUUAAUAAAUGUUUCUGUAGGAAAUCUGUUAAUAUCUAGUUAGUUGAGCCCAAUGUUGGGAUUGUUCUUUUUUUUCUUUUUUAAAUAACCAAUUAAAAAAAAAAAAAUACAAGGAUUGACUUGCUUCCUGAUUUACCACUGUUGCCAUCAGCUAUUUCCAACAGAGUCUUCUCUUUUUAGUUUCCUCUAGAAUACAGUGUAAUCUCUUAGUACCUUUUUGUCACCAAAAUAAUACAACUAAAUCCCUAAAAAUUGAAAAUAAAAAGGUCACCUUGUUAAAUUUUCUUUUUUCCCUUCAGCCUAGUAAAGAAAGAUAUUUAAAUUAAGGUUAAUGGUAGAUUUUGGAGUACAUACAGGGCUAGAAAAUACUUAAUUUCAUAGGAACUUUCUGAGAAUUUAUUUUUGAGUUAGAACUGGGCUUAUUAAGCUUGUGUAAGGGAGACUGUUGUAUGGGUUUGUGAGAUUUAAUCACCAAUUAACCACUAAUCAGUAGUCCUAGUUGUAAAAGUGAAUUCAUAUCUCUAUGUAAAUUUGCAGAACAUUUUUUUCCUUUUAGGUCACAUAAAUCUUUGGAAUACAGGUAUAAUGACAUUUGAGAUAUAUGUACACUUCUAUAAGAAAUGAAUAUAAGCAAUGGAAUUUAAAUUUUGUGUUUUAUUGACCACAGAAAGUAAUCUGGGCUGGAGAGAAAGUAACUACUCAGGUGGAUUAUUACUAAGAAAAUUACUAUUAAUGUAUUCGUAUUUUUUUCUUUAAUGUCUUUAUAAAUUUUUCAUGAACUAAAUUUUGUGAUGGUAUCUUUCAUAUUAGUAUAAAGAAAAUCUGAACCUUCCUUACUGUUCUUCCCACAAAUAUUUUAUUGUGCAGAUUUGAUUAUGCAUGGAUGAGGAAGAGGGUUAAUAUGUAUGUGAAUUUUUUCAGUGUUUUCUAACAUUCUUAAGUAAUUUCUCAUGAAACUUCCUUAAGGGGAAAAAUAAAUGCCCUGAAGUACAAAAUCUCUUAUUUUCUCAUAGAUGUACUUGAGGGAUACAAUGGAACGAUAUUUGCAUAUGGACAAACAUCCUCUGGGAAGACACAUACAAUGGAGGGUAAACUUCAUGAUCCAGAAGGCAUGGGCAUUAUUCCAAGAAUAGUGCAAGAUAUUUUUAAUUACAUUUAUUCUAUGGAUGAAAAUUUGGAAUUUCAUAUUAAGGUUUCAUAUUUUGAAAUUUAUUUGGAUAAGAUAAGGGACCUGUUAGAUGUUUCAAAGACCAACCUUUCCGUUCAUGAAGAUAAAAACCGAGUUCCCUAUGUAAAGGGAUGCACAGAGCGUUUCGUAUGUAGUCCAGAUGAAGUUAUGGAUACCAUUGAUGAAGGAAAAUCCAACAGACAUGUAGCAGUUACAAAUAUGAAUGAACAUAGCUCUAGGAGUCACAGUAUAUUUCUUAUUAAUGUAAAACAAGAGAACACGCAAACGGAACAAAAGCUGAGUGGAAAACUUUAUCUGGUUGAUUUAGCUGGUAGUGAAAAGGUUAGUAAAACUGGAGCUGAAGGUGCUGUGCUGGAUGAAGCUAAGAACAUCAACAAGUCACUUUCUGCUCUUGGAAAUGUCAUUUCUGCUUUGGCAGAGGGAAGUACGUAUGUUCCAUAUCGCGAUAGUAAAAUGACAAGAAUUCUUCAAGAUUCAUUAGGUGGAAACUGUAGAACCACUAUUGUAAUUUGCUGCUCUCCAUCAUCGUACAACGAAUCUGAAACGAAAUCUACACUCCUGUUUGGUCAAAGGGCCAAAACAAUUAAGAACACAGUUUGUGUAAAUGUAGAAUUAACUGCAGAACAGUGGAAAAAGAAGUAUGAAAGAGAAAAGGAAAAAAAUAAGACCCUGCGGAACACCAUUCAAUGGCUUGAAAAUGAACUCAACCGGUGGCGUAAUGGAGAGACAGUGCCUAUUGAUGAACAGUUUGACAAAGAGAAAGCCAACUUGGAAGCUUUUGCAGUGGAUAAGGAUAUUACCAUCACCAAUGAUAAACCCGCAGCUACGAUUGGAGUUACUGGAAACUUUACUGAUGCUGAGAGAAGAAAGUGUGAGGAAGAAAUUGCUAAAUUGUACAAACAACUUGAUGACAAGGAUGAAGAAAUUAAUCAACAGAGCCAGUUGGUAGAGAAACUAAAGACACAAAUGUUGGAUCAAGAAGAGCUUCUGGCAUCGACCAGAAGAGAUCAAGAUAAUAUGCAAGCUGAACUGAAUCGCCUUCAAGCAGAAAAUGAUGCCUCUAAAGAAGAAGUAAAAGAAGUUUUACAAGCCUUAGAGGAGCUUGCUGUCAAUUAUGAUCAGAAGUCUCAGGAAGUCGAAGAUAAAACUAAGGAAUAUGAAUUGCUUAGUGAUGAACUAAACCAGAAAUCGGCAACUUUAGCAAGUAUAGAUGCUGAACUUCAGAAACUUAAGGAAAUGACCAACCACCAGAAAAAACGAGCAGCUGAGAUGAUGGCAUCUUUACUAAAAGACCUUGCAGAAAUAGGAAUUGCUGUAGGAAAUAAUGAUGUAAAGCAGCCUGAGGGAACUGGCAUGAUAGAUGAAGAGUUCACUGUUGCAAGGCUCUACAUUAGCAAAAUGAAAUCAGAAGUAAAAACAAUGGUAAAACGCUGCAAACAGUUAGAAAGCACGCAAACUGAGAGCAACAAAAAAAUGGAAGAAAAUGAAAAGGAGUUAGCAGCAUGCCAGCUUCGUAUCUCUCAACAUGAAGCCAAAAUCAAAUCAUUGACUGAAUACCUUCAAAAUGUGGAGCAAAAGAAAAGACAGCUAGAGGAAUCUGUCGAUUCCCUCAGUGAAGAACUAGUCCAACUUCGUGCACAAGAGAAAGUGCAUGAAAUGGAAAAGGAGCACUUAAAUAAAGUUCAGACUGCAAAUGAAGUUAAGCAAGCUGUUGAACAGCAGAUCCAGAGCCACAGAGAAACACAUCAAAAACAAAUUAGUAGUUUGAGAGAUGAAGUUGAGGCAAAAGAAAAACUUAUUACUGAUCUUCAAGACCAAAACCAGAAAAUGAUGUUAGAACAGGAACGUCUGAGAGUAGAGCAUGAGAAAUUGAAAGCUACAGAUCAGGAAAAGAGCAGAAAACUACAUGAACUUACAGUCAUGCAAGAUAGACGAGAACAAGCAAGACAAGACUUGAAAGGUUUGGAAGAGACAGUGGCAAAAGAACUUCAGACUUUACACAACCUGCGUAAGCUCUUUGUUCAGGACUUGGCCACCAGAGUUAAAAAGAGUGCCGAGAUUGAUUCUGAUGACACUGGAGGCAGUGCUGCUCAAAAGCAGAAGAUCUCCUUUCUUGAAAAUAAUCUUGAACAACUCACUAAAGUGCACAAACAGUUGGUACGUGAUAAUGCAGAUCUUCGCUGUGAACUUCCUAAGUUGGAAAAGCGACUUAGAGCUACAGCUGAGAGGGUAAAAGCUUUGGAGUCAGCACUGAAAGAAGCCAAAGAAAAUGCAUCUCGUGAUCGCAAACGCUAUCAGCAAGAAGUAGAUCGUAUAAAGGAAGCAGUCAGGUCAAAGAAUAUGGCUAGAAGAGGACAUUCUGCACAAAUUGCUAAACCUAUUCGUCCUGGGCAACAUCCAGCAGCUUCUCCAACUCAUCCAAGUGCAAUUCGUGGAGGAGGUGCAUUUGUUCAGAACAGCCAGCCAGUAGCAGUUCGCGGUGGAGGAGGCAAACAAGUGUAACCUCUACACAUUACCCACAGGCAUUGAAAGUAAUUGAAUAUGAAGAGGACAUAAUAUCAAGCAGAGUCUUUCAGUGACUAUAACCUCUACCCCCUGGGAAUUGCAGAAUUAUAACUUUUUUUUAAUGUAUAAAUUAUACCUGGCUUGUACAGCUGUUUCCUACCCACUCUUCUUGUAAACUCUGCUGCUUCCCAACACAACUAGAGUGCAAUUUUGGCGUCUUAGGAGGGAAAAAAAAUGACAGUUUACAACUGUGGUCCUAUUUAUUACACAGUUUGUCUUUUGUGUCUUAAAUUUAGUCUUCACUGUGCCAAGCUAACUGUACCAUAUAGGAUUGUGCUUUUUGUACUUUUUUUUGUGUGUGUGUUUAUUUUUUAAUCUCAGUUUAAGUUACCUAGCUGCUACUGCUUUUUAUUUUGCUUUUCUUAUUACAAUGUCUUCCUUAUUUAGGGAAAAUGGAACAUUUAGAUUAAAUGUCUUAAAUUUUACCACUUAAAACACUACAUGCCCACAAAAUAUAUCCAGUCAGUACUGUACUUUAAAAUCCCUUGAAAUGAUUUCAGAGUUAAAAUUAUUUGUAUCGUCUCUGAAGUUUGCUUCUGAAAACUACUGUUUGAGCACUGAAACCUUAAAACUGCAUAAGUAGGCAUUUGAGACUGAGCAAUGCUACUUAAUUCUCUCAUGAAAUACCUGUUGCUAAAUUAUCUUGAAUAGAAAUAUUUUAUAUCAAAAGCAGUCUCACUUUAAGAAAGAGAGUUUGGAGACUCUUUCCAGUUCUGUAAUCCAUAUGGCCUGAUGGAAUGAAAAUACCCUGCUUCAUUCUGGUGAGCCUGCUAAUUAAUAUAAGAAUUGGACAGAUUAAUUUAUCAUCUUAAUAUAGUGAAAUGAAUUAAGAUACUACACGAUCAAACAGCAUUUUAUAUUGUUAGUGCUGUAUCGAUUAUUCUAAAUUUAUAGUCUGUGAAAAUUAGAAAAAGUAUGGAAGAACAGGACAAGUAUAUGGUGGACUUACAAACACGUUAAUUUUGGUCUGAAAUCCUUGAGGUGUUUUUAAUCUGUUAACACCAAGUCAUACACUAUAAUUUAUUUCUUGUUUAGUCUAGAAAUAAUAAAUUGCAAGUCACUAAUCCUCAAAUUAUUGUGUUGGCUAUAGCCCCUAAUUUUGUAAUUAGUACUAAUUGUACCUGUUUUUGCCAUUCUUCUCAGCUGAUUAGGCGACGUCAGGUUUAUUUUCAAAAGCUAUAAAAGUAAUAAGGAAAGAGGUUUCAAUAUUUGCUUCAUCUGUGCGUGGGGUGACUGCAGCUAUAUUAGCAGAAAUUUGCAGAGGAUGAGGAUUUAAGGUUAUUCAGUCAGUAAAGAAAGUUGGAGAGUUCUGUGUUAGGAUCUGGCUGGCAGAAUUAACUUUUUGAAAAAGUUUUAUACACAGAUAUUUGUAUUAAAUUUGGAGCCAUAGUCAGAAGACUCAGAUCAUAAUUGGCUUAUUUUUCUAUUUAACUAUUGUAAUUUCCACUUUUAUAAUAGUUUUGAUUUAAAAGAUAAAUUUAUUUAUUUAUUUUUUUAACAGUCAAAAAUCCUUGCUGUUGUAGUAUGCAACCUUUAAAAUGAUUGUGUUGCUUUUGAUCAAAGAAACACUCCAGAAAUUGAGAUGAAACCUUGGUGUGCAGCAAGAUUGAAGUAAUACAGUUAACUUUAAAAAAAAAAAAAAGUGCUAUAGCCUAUUUAUGAUGAUAGUUUUCUAAAUGGAGAAAUAUUUGGCUGCAUUCACAUAGACAUUUAUAUUUUGUUUUCAAAAGAAAGCUUGCUUCUUUGGCAGUACUCUUAAAUGAAGCAGAUUUUUUUUUUCUUUUAUCUGAACAUGGUAGUUUCACUCUUGUUAGAUGUAUCACGGGUAUUGGUGCUGUGUAACAAACAAUUGUAACUAGCAUGUGGUUCAGAAUACACAAUGUUAGGGUUUUUUAAUAUUGAAAUGGUUCUUUUCUAUUUAUAAUUUCAAACUUUCACAAAGUGUACAAAGAAUUUCAUAAAUUAGUUUUCAGUGAACUGCUCUAUUUGCUACGGUAGGUCAUUAAACAGCAUUUACUCUUAUAAAUGAAAAUUUCUGAUCAUCUGGAACAUUGACGCUUAUUUCAAUUUGCGGUGUCUUUUUUUUUUUUUUUUUUUUUUGACAAUAUCAACGUUCCUCUGAAUGGUAUUGAUAAAUGGUUCAGAAGAGAAACUCAGUGAAAUAAAAGAAUAAUAUUUAUUCAUGGUGAGCAAUUAAAUUAUUUGCCUAACUUAAACUACUAUUUGUAACUUUCAAUUUGAUAUGAGGUGACAGAAAAGAGUCUUGAGUAUACCUGUGGAGUAUGUGGGUUUAUUUUCAGUGCUUGAAGAUACACUCAAAGAUCAUUGGUUUGGGAAGACGCCAUAUAAUUUUAAGUUAACCUGCAUGCUGUAAAUGUGUUUUAUGUUUAAAUAAAGAGGAAAAUUUUUUUGAAAUGUAAUAACUUUCUUAAAACUUAGUUGAUGAAGUAUUAGGUUGAUUUUAUAUGACUAAGAGGCCUUUUGUCUUGACAGAAUAGUGACUAAUGUGUCAUUAUAUUCAUGUAUAUUCUGUUUCCUAAUGUAUUACUUACUCUUUGGACAGUGGGUAUUAAAUAUGUAGGCUGAAAA